GAUGCCGCAAUUUGUGUUAAAUUUCAUUUGGAACGUGAAAAGAAUCCGCAUAAAUUUAAUAGUCGCAUGAAAAAUAAACUUUGGUAUUUUGAAUAUGCAACAUCGGAAACAUUUGCCGCAUCUUGCAAAAAUCUACACGAACAUAUUGAAAUUGUUUGUGAUGGCGUUUCCUUAGAUUUAGCCAAUGGACCACAUUUACAAGGUGUGGCUCUACUCAACAUUCCUUAUACCCAUGGUGGUUCAAACUUAUGGGGUGAGCAUUUAUCACAGAAACGUAUACGCAAAAGUGCGGGUCCCUUUCGCAAGGGCAAAAAGUUAAAAUCCUCUGAUAAGGAACUAUCAGCUACUAGUUUUAAUUCGGUAGAUUUAUCGGUCGCUACACAAGAUUUUGGCGAUCGUUUAAUUGAAGUUAUAGGCCUUGAAAAUUGUUUACACAUGGGUCAGGUGCGUACGGGUUUGCGUGCCUCGGGACGUCGUUUGGCUCAGUGCAGUGAAGUGAUUAUUAAAACUCGCAAAACAUUUCCCAUGCAAAUCGAUGGUGAACCUUGGAUGCAACAACCAUGUACGAUCAAAGUCACACAUAAAAAUCAAGUUCCUAUGUUAAUGGCACCACGCUCCGAAAAGGGUAAAGGUUUCUUUAACAUGCUGUGCAGUUGAUUUAGGCGCAGCGUUUCAACAAGUUCCAUACUGCGGCGAGAACAUUUUACUACAACAAUUACUACACCAACACAUUAUACAGAAACCACCGUCCAAAAUAAAGAAUAAAUUUAAUAGCUUUAUAAAAUAAAAUAUUUAUUAAUAAAAAAUAACACAUUAAAUUAUUUAAAAUAAUUAAUUUAUUUUAAUAGAAUUUAAGUUUAAAUUAUUUAUAAUAAUUUAUGUUUAUUUUAGACAUUUUUUUUUUUUGUAUUUAGGCUUUAGUUUAGCAUUAAUAGCAAAAAUAUUUAGAACAAUUUAAGCAAAAAAAAAUUAAACAAUUACAAUUUAUUGAAAUUAUUUAAACUAGUCGUUGAUAUUAAAUUUAAGAUAUUUUAUUUAUUUAUUUAAUUUAUAAUAAUACUAAUUAUUACAACUAUGUACUAAUUAUUUAGUUUUAGUAAAUGAAACAAAAUUCCAAAGAAUAUUUAAAAAUAACUAAGGCAUUUUAGCAUAGAAUUUAUUAAAAAAAUAACAAAAAAUUUUAAAUUAUUAUAAUAUUAACAUAGUUUUAAGAAAGGAUACUUCAAUUAACAAAAUUAGUAUAAAUAUUAAAAAAAAAAACAACUUAAACAAAUUUUGCAAAUUUAUAUUAAAAUUUAUCAGAAUUUGUUUUAAAAUAACUAGUUCUAGAACUUCAGAGUCUUAUAAAACAGACUAGCACCUAAUGAGGAGGACAUAAUAUCUAUUACUCACACUCUGGAACAGUUUUUAAGAUUCUGAAGGAGAAGCUUUACAACAAACUAGUGUGCAAUUAGCUCUAGAACUAGUUGUGAUUCAAAUAGAGUAACAUUUUUAAGUAUCCUUUUAGGCAUUUUUAUUUUCUUAGCUUUUCUUUUAGUUUAAAAACUAAACUUUAUACAAUGUGUCCAAAAAAACAAAAACAAAAACAAAUUGUAACCCAAAGGAGACCAAAAACAAAAGAAUGUAAAACAAACAUGAAAUUUAUUUUUAACACUUUUUAUGUAAAUUACCUAGAUUUAUAUAGAGAAAAGAAUAGAAAAACUGUAAACAUUAUAAGGCAAAGCUAAAGUUAACAUAUUUAAAAAUAUUUAUACAAUACAUAUACACAACAAUAAAUAUACAUACAUAUACAAAAUAAUUUAAACAGUUAUGUAUUUUAAAACAAUUGUAUGCGGAAAAAAGUAUUACUUUAUCUGCCGCGCAAAAAAUACAAUACUCCGUCAAAAUUAUCAAAAAAAAAAUUAAACAAAAUUCGAAUAAAAAUAAAAACAAAAAUUCAAAAACUCAACAUUGAGCACCUUAAACUUUAGAAUUUUCUAUUAUAAAUAACAUUUAGUAAAUAUUUCCCGAGCAACGAAAUAUUUUAUUUCAUUAAAACCCACACAAAUUCCAAGAAAAUGUAAUGGCCAACAAAUUUUUAACCCUGCGGCCAAAUUAUACUUUUCUAAAGUAUUGAGUAUCGAUAAAUCCUAAUCUGGCAUCAGAAUUUUUCUAUC